CCUUAUUUGUCACUGUUUCUGUGGUCUCUCUUGCCAUUGGGGUUGCAGACAUGAGGAGCAUGUGUCUGUGACCCUCCUUCCAUCAGGGACGAAGGGACUUUCUUGUCCUCUUACUCUUUCCAUCUGUUUCUAGAAUAGACUUUCAGUUGAUAGAGAGAGAGAGGGUGCAAAGUCUUCUAUGGGGGGUGUUGACAAGGAAACAACUUUUUACUUCUCUUCACUUUUCAUCUAUAAAUAAUUCAGCUCGAUCCUGUUUCAAAGUUCAAAAAGUCAAUACCCAAGGAAUCAAAAACUGUAAAGUUCCUUGGUAAAAGAGAUAGAGACAAGUUUUUUAGGAGUAAAAAGAAAACUGGAGAACAUAAGAAUAAGCAUCAUAGUGGUAGAAAGUACACGUUACUGAGAGAAUUUUGGUAUAUAGGAGAGAAAAGAAAAAAGGUUCAUCAUCUCUUGGGGAACUUUUUUUUAUGGGGUUUGAGGGUUCGAUUAGCACCAACAGUGGGAACAGUAACAGAGCUGUUUUGAAUGAUAUUUCCCAACCUAUUCCCAGUUCAUUGCAAAAUCCAUCCUCCUUCUCUUUCUCAGCUCAGAGAAAAAUGGAGGGUCAUGGUGAUAUGGGUCUCAUAGGGGAAAAUUUUGACACCAGUUUGAUUGGGAGGUUGAGAGAUGAUGAGUAUGAGAGCAGGUCGGGAAGCGAUAAUUUUGAAGGCGCCUCUGGUGAUGAUCAGGAUGCCGGUGAUGACCAGCCACGGAGGAAGAAGAGAUACCAUAGACAUACUCCUCACCAAAUUCAAGAGCUUGAGACUUUCUUCAAAGAGUGUCCUCAUCCUGAUGAGAAGCAAAGGUUGGAUCUUAGUAAGAGGCUUGGCUUGGAGAAUAAGCAAGUCAAAUUCUGGUUUCAGAAUAGGAGAACCCAAAUGAAGACCCAAUUGGAACGGCAUGAGAACAUAAUGCUUAGACAGGAGAAUGAGAAGCUCAGAGCUGAGAAUAGUUUGAUGAAGGAAGCCAUGUCAAACCCAGUGUGUAACAACUGUGGUGGCCCAGCCAUUCCUGGCCAAAUUUCAUUCGAGGAGCACCAGAUUCGAAUUGAAAAUGCUCGACUGAGGGAUGAAUUGAACCGCAUAUGUGCCUUGGCAAACAAGUUCCUUGGCAAGCCAAUCUCAUCACUGACCAAUCCCAUGGCUCUCCCAACCUCAAAUUCUGGUCUAGAACUCGGUAUUGGAAGGAAUGGUAUUGGUGUUUCGAGCCCCUUUGGAGCUCCCUUGCAGAUGGGACUUGAUUUAGGAGAUGGAGUAUUAGGCACUCAACCAGCAAUAUCUGGAAUGAAGUCACCAUUGGGAUUGAUGGGAAAUGAUGUUCAGCUUGAGAGAUCUAUGCUUGUAGAUGUUGCACUGGCUGCCAUGGAUGAAUUGAUUAAGAUGGCUCAGGCAGAUAGCCCUCUUUGGAUUAAGGGCUUUGAUGGUGAGAGGGAGGUACUGAAUCAUGAAGAGUAUGCAAGGAUGUUCAAUCCUUGUAUUGGUCCCAAACCUGCUGGUUAUGUAACCGAAGCUACAAGAGAAACUGGGAUAGUAAUCAUCAACAGUUUGGCCCUUGUGGAAACUUUGAUGGAUGCGAAUCGAUGGUUAGAGAUGUUUCCAUCAAUGAUUGCUAGAGCUGUCACCCUUGAUGUUAUAUCUAGUGGCAUGGGUGGAACCAGAAAUGGUGCUUUGCAACUGAUGCAUUCGGAGAUUCAAUUACUUUCACCACUAGUCCCUAUUCGUCAAGUGAGGUUCCUCCGGUUCUGUAAGCAGCAUGCGGAAGGUGUAUGGGCUGUAGUCGACGUUUCUGUUGAGAUCGGUCGCGAUGCUGCGAAUGCACAGCCAUUCAUGAGCUGUCGGAGGCUUCCUUCUGGCUGCGUUGUGCACGAUAUGCCCAAUGGUUACUCCAAGGUUACUUGGGUUGAACAUUGGCAGUACGAUGAUAGUGUGGUGCACCAACUGUAUCGGCCAUUGAUCAAUUCUGGCUUUGGAUUUGGUGCUCAUAGAUGGAUAGCCACCCUCCAGAGGCAAUGUGAAUGCUUGGCAAUCCUCAUGUCCUCAUCCAUCUCAAGCGACGAUCACACAGCAUUAAGCCAGGCCGGCAGGAGAAGCAUGUUGAAGCUGGCACAGCGCAUGACCAGUAACUUCUGUUCUGGCGUCUGCGCCUCGUCGGCUCGCAAGUGGGACAGCCUUCACAUUGGAACCUUGGAUGAUGACAUGAGAGUAAUGACGAGGAAGAAUGUGGAUGACCCUGGGGAGCCUCCAGGCAUCGUCCUGAGUGCCGCCACUUCUGUUUGGGUGCCGGUGUCACGGCAAAGGCUGUUCGAGUUUCUGCGCGACGAACGGCUUAGAAGCGAGUGGGACAUUCUGUCGAACGGUGGACCUAUGCAGGAGAUGGUCCACAUUGCCAAAGGCCAAGGACAUGGAAAUUGUGUUUCUCUCUUACGUGCUAAUGGUGUGAAUGCGAAUGAUAGCAGCAUGGUGAUUCUGCAAGAGACAUGGACAGAUGCAUCCUGCUCGGUGGUAGUAUAUGCACCGGUGGAUGUGCCGUCGUUGAACGUCGUGAUGAGCGGUGGUGAUUCUGCAUAUGUUGCACUCUUGCCUUCGGGUUUUGCCAUCCUCCCCGAUGGUCAUUCGUCGUCCGGCUCCAACGGGAACUUAGCCAAGGGCGGCAGCAGCGGCGACGAGGGAGGUGGAAGCUUGCUGACGGUUGGGUUCCAAAUCUUGGUGAAUAGCCUGCCAACAGCAAAGCUUACAGUGGAGUCGGUGGAUACUGUGAAUAACUUGAUCUCAUGCACCAUUCACAAGAUCAAAGCUGCACUCACACUUUCAUAAACACAUAACAUUCUUUUUGUUUUGCUUGUUACGUUAUUGUAUAGAGAUAGAGAGAGAGAGGUUGAGACUUGAGACAGAAAGGGUCGCGUAAGGAAAGGUUUCGAGUCAAGAACGAACCGCGAAAAAGUUUGUGGUGUUGGAGUUGGAGUCGCCGGUUCGGGUAUUGACUCGUUCACCAGCGAUUUCGUCUCGCCUCUCUAUUUUAUUUUAUCCAACAAAACAAAACAUGUGUUUCUUUCUUUUUGUUUUAUUUCCAUCCUAACACACACUUCGCAACUUCCAAACUGCUCAACUAUGUCUUUUCGCAUGCAUUUUUUGCUUUGUUUGAUAUUAUGCUGCCUCUUAUAUCGUCUAUUUUUUUGGG